AUGCAUACAGUCGAGAAAGUAGAUGAUCUUGAACUGUUUGAUAUUAUUGGAGAAGUUGUUAGAAAGGAAGAUCCAAGAGAAUUAGUAACUAGCAAGGGAAUAGAGACUAAGCGCUUGAUUGUUAUUGUGGAAGACUUGGAGAAGAACAGGUUAAGUUGUACUCUCUUUAGUGAAACUGUUGACCAGAUACUCCCUCACCUUGAUGAGGAUCGACUUGAACCGCUUAUUGUGAUCCUCCAAUAUUUUAAAGCAACCAGAUGGAAUGGCAAAACUUCAGUGCAAAGCCACUUUGAACUGUCCAAGGUCCAUGUCAACCCGAAACUAAAAGAAGUUAUAUCAUUCAAAAAAAGCCUAAUGAGCGGCUUUGAGUCAACUUCAAUGAGGAUUAGCCAUCAGUCGACCCAAAGUUCAUGGGUUGGGACUGAUGAGCUCAACAAUGGCACGGCUAUUGUGAAAACAAUCGAAGAAGUUUUGAAGUCUGUCGAGGAGGGGCCAACCUGGAUUGCAGGUACUAUUGUCUCAAUCAAUGUUGGGAAGGAUGAUUGGUACGAAUGUGCAAAGUGUGGCCACACCCAUGGAUGUGCAGCACUCAGAUACAAGGUUGAGGAUGCUAAAGAGGAUGAAUACCCUAAAAGUCUAGACAACAUGAUGGAUAUAAUGGUGCUUUUCAAAAUCAAUGUGAAAAGUGGCAACAUAAAACACUAUGAUAAGAUUUACACAGUCAUGAAAGUGUGUGAUGAUGAAGAAACAGUUGCAAAGAACAAGCCUAAGCAAAUGGAAGUUAGCACAUCUAUGAACAUCACUGAUUCUAUGGAAGAAUAUGUUGAAAGCCUCAAAUACAAUACACCAGCUAAAAGAAUUGCCGACAGUUUGAAGUAUGGUUCAACUGUUGAUGAAGAAUGCCAACUUUCAACCAUUAGACUAUAUGUUUUGGAAGAUGUUCUAUGUUUGGGGAUCAGAAGACUUGCUUAUGUGCAAUGA